UAUUUACUUUGAAUGAAUAGUAUGUAAUUAAAUCAGCUGGUAGGUAGUCUACGGCCAUACUACACGAGUACAUAUGAUCGAAUAUAAACAAGUAAUGAAUACACAAUCUGAUAAAUGUGGGAUCGGCAGAUGUCAACCAAAAAGUCUCCAGUAUUGUGCGACCAUUGCUUGUUUUACAGGCAUCUACAGUUUAUCCAGUUUGACGACAUCCACUCUUUCAAUUUAUAUAAGUUCGCAGAUAACAACCCUAGAAAAACAAUUUGGCUUUAAUAGUUCUCAAAGUGGGUUUUUGUUAAGUUGUAAUGACAUUGGUUUCUUGUUGUUGACACUAUUUGUUAGCUAUAGAGCAACAACUGCGCAUAUACCACGUGCACUAGGUUUAUCAACAGUACUUUAUGGAUUUGCCGGCAUUUUGUGUUCCUUUGCAUAUUUUCUAAUGCCGAGUCAUCAAAGUAGAACAGAAACAACAAACAAAACAAGUUUUGAGCCAACAGAUUCUUUACAGUUGUGCAAUUUUAAGAACUUAACGUCAUACGAUACAGACCAGUGUGAAAGCGAGGCCCCUAAAGCUGUAGGUACAGCAACCGCAUUUACACCUUAUGCAAUGGCCAUCAUAGCGAUUGGUAUGGUAUUGCAAGGUAUUGGGAAGUCUCCAAGGACGCCAUAUGUUUCUUACUACGUUGAUGAAAAUGUCGAGAAAAGGAAAACAUCUAUUUAUCUUGGUAUAAUAAUUACAGUUGGUAUUUUUGGACCAGCACUGGCGUUUGCAUUAGGAGCAGUUUUUAGUAAUAUAUACGUUACAUUAGAAGAUGUUACCAUUACACCUAGGGAUCCACGCUGGAUAGGGGCAUGGUGGUUAGGCUUCCUCAUUUUUGGAAUUAUAAGCAUAGUGAUAUCUUUGCCGUUGUUUUGUUUUCCAAAGCGCUACCAAUCAAACAAGGAAGUAAUAAAAACCGAACCAAAGAAAGAUGUUAAAUUUCUCAGUCAUAUAAAAGGAUUUAUUAGCACUGUACUACGUCUAUUUAGGAACGGUUGCUUCACCUUUUCUAUCCUGGGAAGCUGCUUACAAAUGUUCUUUGUAUCGGGUAUGAUUUCAUUCAUGCCAAAGUUUUUAGAAACACAGUUUACUAUACCCACGUGGCAUGCUAAUUUAUUAAUGGGUGGUCUCAAUAUCUGCUCUGCUUCACUUGGUACAUUCAUUGGUGGAUUCAUUGUAUACAAAUUUCGAAUGACCCCAUAUGCAUGCAUGAAAUUAGCACUGAUUUUGACAGCCACUACAAGUUUCGCUCCACUAAUUGGAUUUUUUGUUGGAUGCGAUAACCCAGAAAUAAUCGGAUACAACACAAAAAGCAAUGUCAAUGUAACAACUUGUAUCGAAGACUGUAAUUGUAACACGGAUACUUAUUUUCCUGUGUGUGGUUCGGACAACCGGAACUAUUUUUCGUAUUGUCACGCUGGGUGUAUGGAACAUAAUGCAGAGGGAUACACUAAGUGUAAAUGUAUCGGAGAAGACGCCACUGCUACACCAGGACUUUGUAAACCAGAUUGCGAUAUGUUGUAUGUUUAUAUAUCACUGGUCUUUGUGUUCGCUAUGUCGCAGACAAUAGCUCUCAUGCCUGAAUAUAUAUUUGUGAUGAGAUGUGUGGAUGACAAGGAUAAAGCCAUGGCACUUGCAUUCAGAUCUUUAUUAGCCACAGUAUUGGGUUGGUUUCCAGGUCCGGUAAUAGUAGGAAAAGUAGUUGAUACAUGUUGCCGAUUAUGGAAUUCCAGUUGUGGUGGAACGGGCGCAUGCGCUUUGUACGAUUUAGUAGAUUUUCGAUAUCGACGUCAUGCAUUAGAUUUAGGUGUGAAAUUGGUAGCAACUGUUUUCUCGUUCCUCGCUUUCAUGUGUGCGAGAAAUAGACAGGAUCUUAAACAGAAACCAGUUAGUAAGUUUGAGAAAACAAUAAUACCGGAAGGGGAGGAGUUAAUGGAGAAAUCAACAGACGAUGAACAUAUCAACGGAAACAGAAAAUUUAUAAAUGGUCAUUCGGCUUAAAUGUUUAUAAUGUAUGCAAUACAUAUAUCUUCAGUAAACAAGAAUAAAAUAUUCCCCCUUGAAAGGUAAAAUGAGCGUGCAAUAUACAAAAGUAUCGGAAUACAAUAUCGAUUUGUUAUACAUGGAUGUUUUGUCAAUUUAGAUGAUUCGUAUUUAUAGAGCUAUUGCUAGUGCAAUAUAAUAGUCUACGCUUUUUGGGAAAAUAAGUGCGUUCAUCCUUACGUACAUUGUUUGUAUUUAUUACACAAGUUUCUUUUUACUUUAAAUGUAAGAAAACAUAUGUGUGCAAGAACCAUUUGUACCGCGCAUAAAAAAGUGUGCAAUACUCAUUCUUAUCACACGUUACAUAGCACGUACUUAUUUUAUAUGAUUUCAUAUUUUAUUAAGAUAUUGUCAUACACUGUAUAUAUUCAAUAUAAGACAUUUUUGUUUCUGUAUAUUUCGUAGCCUCCUUUUUAGUAAAUGUGUUCAUGUAGACUAGAUUUUUUACGUAAGAUAUUGUCAUGCAAUAAAGUAUUUACUUUUCAUAA